AUGGAGGACCUGCAACCAAAGACGGAGCCCUCGGCGGAGCGCAAGGCUGUCGGCUACAAGUCAUGGAAGAAGAAGUAUCGAAAGAUGCGCAUCGUCUUUGAUCAGAAGAUGCAGACCGGCGAAGAGCUGCACAAGCACGAAGCAAAGACUUCGGCGACAGUAAAGCGACUAGCCGUCGAAAACGACCGCCUCCUCGACAUCCUCCUCGACAUCAACAACUGUCCCCAAAUUCCCCUCGAUAAGCGCAUAGAUGUGGCUCUCACGCCUAACGGCGACGUCAAAGCUCCCACACUGGCCAUCGAUCGCAACCAUGCGUCGGAAAAGGCUGCAGCCCUCAAGAAGCUCGAGGAGCUUCUGACGGCGGUGCCGCACACCAACUACGCCACGGCCAAAAGCGCCAACGCUCCUAUCAUCGAGGACCUGACCCUGGGUGCCGGCGAGUCGCACCCGGUGAGUUUCCUCACACCCGACGACGUCGACGACUACAUCUUCACGGUGGACAGCAGCCUCGAUACCGACGCCCACCUUCCAACGCUCGCGCCGCGCGCCCACCCCAACAGCCACCUCUCCUCUCACCCGCACCUCAAGAACCCGACGAGCGUCACGAAUUGGCUGCGCAAACACGCCCCCAAGGUGUUCCUUCAAGACGGCGAGACCCACGAUGACGCCGAUGCUGCCGGCGGCGGUGGUGCCGAUGGAGCUUCCGCCAGCGCCCACGGCAACAGCGCCAGCGCGCGCAAGUCUCGCGGCGGACGAGUUGAGCGUGGUGGCAAGCCGACGUCCCGGGUCAAGCGCGCGAGCGGCGUCUCUUCCCGCGUCAGCAAUGCCGCCGCCGCCGCCGCCACCGCGUCUGCUGUAGAGAAGAGCGACAAGGGCGACAAGGGCGACAAGGGCGGCGACGCGGAUGCUAGCAUGGAAGAGGAACCUGACUACGGCACGCCCGUCGGCCGCGGCAAGCGCAAGAGAAAGGACGACGCCGGAUACAGACCUGGUGGCUCGGCCAGCAGACCGUCCAAGAAGAAGCGUAAGAGCGACGCAGAUGUCACGCCGAGCGGACGCCGCGCGAAGAAGGAGGCGGUCGAGUAG